CCGGGCACGGUGCGGAUGCGUGAUGUUCUCGCCCCGGCCUUUGACAACUGAAAAUGCCAAAAGGUAGCUAAGCAGCAGCAGUCCCUCGUCCAAUCGAUAACCGCAGCACAGAAAGUGCUGAUCAGCCAAUCAAGGCGAGUAACUAAGCGAUAUAGGGGUGCACUCAAAGCGCACCCCCGAAUAAAAGCGGAGAGCAAAAAGCGAGCUAGAACCCCGAGCCCCAGAAUGCGGAUGUGGAUGUGGAGGCCGCAGGCUGUGCAGCUGCUGUUUGUGAUGGGCUUGUGGGUGAUGCAAGGUCAGGCGCAGCUGGAAUCGGAGGCUCUAGCAGCGGGAUCUGGAUCCCCAUCCCCUGGCCCAUCCCCGCGGAACCGCAUCAAGGCGGAAGCGGAUGCCCUGAUGACGGGCGACAGCUUCAACAUUCGCCACGGGCGCUCUCGUUCGCAUUUCCUUCACUCGAACAGCAGUGGGAGUGGCUUGGGUGGCACCACCCGCCUCCUCCUCAUCACACCCACCCCGUUGCCAGGGGCGGGUGGCACAUCCCCAGCUCCCGUCACGCAUAAAAUCCGCAAAUUGCACAAGAAGAAAAUCAACGAGAGCAUACGCAAGAGCGUGGACAAAAGUCUGGGCCUCCUCCAUCCGCCCAAGAAUCAUCGCAGUUUGGCCGAGGCCGAGCAUCUGCAGGGUCGUCCUGCCAGCGCCGAGGACACCGAGGACACGGCCCUCAGCGAGGUCAUGCAGCUGGCGGAUGAGAUUGAGCUGGAGAGUUCAUUCGCCACGGCGGUGGCCCCCACAACAACAGGUGAUCCGGAUAUCGGUGUCAGGCAGGCGCGCCAAUUUGUGCGUGAUGAGGCCAAUUACCAGAGGGAGCAGGAGCAGGAUGAUACCCUCGACGCAGAGGAGCAGGAGGAUGAGGAGGAGGAGGAAGAGGUGGAAGCCACCACAAAGCCAAAAAUAACCAGAACCCGCCUGCUGCCGGUGAAUGGCACUUGGGAGCGAAGGGGCACGUUGCCUCGCGACUCCUCCUCGGAAUCGGAUUACGAAAGCAAUGCCCUGGAGGAGGAGGAACCCUUCGGCAAGCAGCCCUCCCUCAACGAAAGCCUCGGCACCACCGAGUGGAUGGACGAGGCUCCGGGAGGCAGGGAACCCGAGGCGGAGGCCAGAGCCCAGGUAGCCUCUAGCAUGGAGGUCAAGCAGAUCAGCUUCGACAGCUCCGACUCCGAUUCCGAGUCCUCUCUCGAUACCUCCGAGGUCACCAUGGACGAUGGCUAUCCGCCGGAUGUGCAGAUCGAUGACAAGACCAAGCAGCUGGUCAUCGGCGAUGUGGUGGGCGAGGAGGAGGCCGAGGACAACAUGGAGUCCAGCCAGAUAACCGCCGACGUGAUCAACGCCCGCGACAGCAAGAUCGAUCUGGUGUCCAAGUUUCUGCAGUACAUCGAACAGCAGCAUUUGAUGGGCUCAAAUUGUGUGGCCGGCACCUCACUGAAUCUCGGCGAGGGCGUGGUCGACCGCUAUGCCCAGGACAGGUUCCGCGUGGAGGCCGAGGUGGCCGUCAAUCGCGCCAAUAUGCUGACCAGAAUCUUCAAGACCACCGGCCGCUCGGUUCAGGAGGAUGUCAACCUGCUGCACGCCUCCGUGCUGUCCAUGGUGGAGUUCGACGAUGAUAUAUUCGCGGCCGGAAAUUGCUUCGAUUGGAACGAGCAUCCCGCGCAGCUGGGCCUCUUCUGCCCCUUCGCCUACCGCCUGCCGCCUCCGAAUCUGGGGGCAGUGUUCGCCAAGGAUCUGGCCAUGGAGUACCACUAUCUGGGCAACACCUCCGAGUGGUUCUUCCUGGCCCGCAAGAAUGCCGAGAAGGUGAUAGCCCGCAACGAGCAGUAUCUCAAGUCCUUUCAUCUCUACUCGAACCGCACGGAGGAGCGCAUCGAGGACGACACGCUGGCUGUGAAAUAUGAGGAUGGCAGAUGGUCAAAACCGUAUUACGACUGCGGUGGCGGCAACAUUUGGAUGCUAACCUACACGGUGCCGUUCUUUGGCUACGAGAACGGCACCUAUCACUUUAAGGGCACAUCUGGCAUCGAUAUUGACUUGCGGCGGGUGGACAUCGACCAGUGUCCGCAGAGGCACACGCCCGGCACCAAGAGACCGCUGAACAUCUUUGCCGGCACGGACAAAUGCAAGCAGCGCACCACAAUGUGCGAGGCCAUCAUGGGAUUGGGCUUUCGGCGCGGCUCCUACAAAUGCCUGUGCCGCAAGGGAUUCUACUUCCCCGACAUCGUCUCGCAGCACAAGUUCUUCAACGGCAGCCUGCUGGAGGAGGAGUACGAGAAGCUGAUGCUGGGCAAGAACUCCACGUACAACAGCAACAGCGAGUACGAGUGCCUGCCCUGCGCCGAGGGCUGUGACUCCUGCGAGGACUCCUCGCCCUGCAUCGCCGCCCUCAACUGGCCAAUGCGCACCAGCAUCCUGGCGCUGGCCUGCAUCGUGAUUGGGCUCCUGCCGCCGGCAGCCUGGUUCACCUUCCGCUACCAGCAGGUUAAGGUUGUAAGGGCCGCCAGUCCGGCUUUGUUGCGGGUCAUCGCCUUGGGUGCAUUCUUUAUUUACUGCACGAACAUUGUAAUGUAUCCAAACCCCAAUCUGUACACCUGCACCGCCCGCAUUUGGCUGCGCGAGAUUGGAUUCUCACUGACUUAUGGAGCUCUGAUGCUAAAGACCUGGCGAAUUUCGGUUAUUUUUCGAGUUCGCUCGGCGAAGGCUGUAAAAAUUACAGAUGCUGCUCUGCUAAAGAGACUGGGCAUCAUCUGCGGGGCCAUUGGAACCUGCCUGCUGGUCAGGACACUCGUAUCCCCGCCGGAUGUGGUGGUGGGUCGCACUGCCGACGAUCUGAAGGCCUUCCUCUGCAAGACCGACUGGUGGGACUACACAUUCACAUCGAUGGAGGUCCUGUUCUUGGCCUGGGGCGUUCGUUUGUGCAUCAUGGUGCGGAAAGCGCCGUCGGAGUUCAACGAGAGCCGCUUCAUAUCGAUGGCCAUCUACAAUGAGUUCCUGCUCACCUGCUUCCUUAACGUUUCCAUGCUCUUCCUGCAGUCGCCCGCCAAUCCGGAUUUGCUGUACAUCAUCUUCUUUUGCCACACGCAGCUGACUGUUACGCUGCUCCUGGCCCUAAUCUUUGGCAGCAAGGUGUACAUCGUGCUGCGUAGCGGCAAAUCGCAUCAGGAAAACAUCGGCCUGGGCACCAAGGCAUCGGGGGCAAAAUUCAAUUUUCGUCCUCAAGUGCGCACUUUUGCCAAUCCCAGCUCGGUGACCACCUCCACGGUCCCGGUGGCGGGCACCACAUCAGCAGAAACGAAGCUCUCCGAUCAGGAGGCGCUGGAGGAGAUCCGUCAGCUGAGCAUGCAGCUGCAGCGCAUCCAGGAGAUGGCUCCGCCCAAGGGCGUGGCGGUGAUGACGAUCUCCAGCCUGCUGGAUGGUCUCAAGACCCCGGGUGGCCUGAUGGUGGUGGCAGCGGCGGCGGGAGCCACGGCCCAUGGAGGCCACACGGCCGGCAAUCGCCAGAGUGCCCUACCCUUGCUGGCUCUCAACGUGGAGAUGCAGAAGUACAGCCAGCAGAACAACAACUCGAAUGGGCGUGGCAGUGCCCGGGCCAGUAUUCCCACCAUGGUGCUGGAAACCCCGCCCAGUUCGACUCCGCCCUCGGCGGCGUACGAGGAGCGGGCCAUGAACACGGAGCUGAGCGGCGACGACUUCCGGGAGCAGCUGCUCCGGCGGACGGCCGAUGGCCACAUCAUCUGCAGUCGCUGCCUGGACGCGUCCAAGGAGCACUACUACUGCUGUCCGCCGCGCAGCGCCUGCGAUCACAUGGGCUCGCCCAAGGACGAGGGUAGUUUGAGCUUUGCCAACAUCAAGCUGGAGUGCAUGUGCUCCCAGUCGGAGGACCUGGACCAGGAUCAGGGUCAGCGAAGUCCACGCAGGAGGCCCACAGUGCGAACGGCUGCCACCAAUACUCCGCCGACCAGCUGCAAGCGGCAGCCACGCAACCUUUUGGAGGCCGACCUGAGCAUUUCGUAUCAAAUUUGUGAUAACUGUAGAAGUAAGUACAAGCUGACUGGCCGCCGCCGGAGCGGCAGCUACUCCCAGGCGCAGGCGAAUCCGCAGCUUGGCCAGCAGCCGAGUGGCCAGCAGGCGCAUCCUCCGAUCCAAUCCCGCAGCAUCGAGGUCCUGGAUCGCACAACGGCCGCCGAAAUUGAGGGAGGCGAGGCGAGGACCAAGGCGGCCCAUUCCACGGACGACAUAGUCCUGUUCACCAGUUCCGGAGCCACGGAAAAGGCGGAGAUUGAUGGUGUCCAAGGUCAGCUGGAGACGGAACCACUGGCGGCACCUUCUUCCCUGGGCAAUGUGUCCAAUAACUCGAACAACUCCACCAGCGGCAGUGGAGGCACCAGUCGUCCCAAGAGGCCGGAUAAGUUGGUCUUGGAUCUGAACGAUCGGUCCAAGUACACCAAAGAGGUUUCCGUGUAAAGAGAAUGAAUUUUGGCCAGCCAGGCAAAACUGUUCGGCCAUUAUUAUCAUUUUUCCAGGAUAUUAUUAACUAUUUUUAGGAAUUAUGGGAAUUUUUUUAUUGACUCAACAUUUUUAAUUAAAAUAUUUUAAAUAUUUGCAAUGUUGAAGGGUUUGAUUUUGCAACCCGCAAUAAAUUAAUUUUCUAGGCAUUAUGAAAACCAAAUCGUUUUGGUUUUGAACUGGUCGAACAUAUUUUCGCUUUGGCUGGCGGCAAUCAAAAAUGUUUUAUGCUUAGGCCACAGUUGAAUUAUCAAAGACUUUAUUAAAUUAUAUUUGUACAACUAAUUAGAUA